UUGGUUGUCUUCUCUGUCUUGUAAUAUAAAGAAGCUCAAAAAAUCUUAAAAGUGUUUUAAUUUUUAUUGCAAGUGUCGGUGAAUUCCCAAAGCUUCUCUUCUUUCUUCUCCUCACGUCUUUAAACUCUCCUCCCUUCGCAUGUAAACCCUUUCGCCGCUCAACAUAUCUCUUUUUCUUUCUUUCUUAGAUCAAGAGAAGAAGAAAAAACGCCGAUGAUUCUGUGAUUUUUUCUUUUCAAUGGAGACGGGAGCGAAAGUGACGGCGGCGACGAUGGGGAUAGGGACGAGGAAAAGAGAUCUGAAACCGUACAAAGGGAUACGGAUGAGGAAAUGGGGGAAGUGGGUGGCCGAGAUCAGAGAGCCCAACAAGCGUUCCAGGAUCUGGCUCGGCUCUUACUCCACGCCCGAAGCCGCGGCGAGAGCUUACGACACUGCUGUUUUCUACCUCCGUGGUCCUUCGGCGAGGCUCAAUUUCCCGGAGCUUUUGGCCGGACUCACGGGUUCUGCCGGCGGUGGUGGUGGAGAUAUGUCGGCGGCGUAUAUAAGGAGAAAAGCGGCGGAGGUUGGUGCUCAGGUGGAUGCUCUCGGAGUUGUGAAACCUGGUGAGAGUCUCGGUGGUUACGAGGAUAAGGAUAACUGUAGUGGAGUUAAGACCGGUAACGGGUCGUUGGAGCGGGUCGAUUUGAAUAAAUUGCCUGACCCGGAAAAUUCGGAUGAUGACGACCAAUGGGUGAAGAGGAGAUAAUUUUGUUUUAAAAGAUAUAAAUCAAUAAAAAAUGUAGUUGUAGAAUAAGAAUGUUUUGUCUCUAAGAUGCGCCUCCAUGAUGCACCGUGGUCGCUAAGAUGCGCAAUCCAUUUUUACUUUUGUUUCA